UUCCUAAUUUUCGCCAUCCGCGUGACAUCAUUAUCGUGCAUUUUGCUAACAGCAGUUUUUCUCAAAUUAUUUCAAUUGUGAAGGUAAAAUGGUUUAGGAUAACGAGGUACGUAUACUUUUAAUCAUAUUUUGUGUAUGUUUUUGUUUAUUGUCUCUUUAUCAUAGCAAAAAAAAAGUCCGAAACAAUGUCGUCACGAAGUCCCUCCCGGCAUGCGCACAGUGAAGAAGCAAUCAGAAAGUGUCUCGACGAAAUCGUGAAGGGCUCUUCUGUAAAAUCCACCUGUAAUAAAUACGGAAUCUCUCGAUCUACUAUUCGAUACCGAUUGAGCAGCAAAUGGCAAAAAACAACCAAACAUGGACCACCCAGUGUUCUCUCUAAGGAAGAAGAAGAUAAAAUUUGUGUCUGGAUCAUUGGGAUGCAACAGCGUGGUUUCCCCGUACAGCGCCGUUCUCUGCUCCUCAAAGUCCAAGAGUUUUUGUCUGCUAAUCCCAGGAAAACUCCAUUUAAAAAUAAUUGCCCUGGCCGGAAAUGGUUCAACUCUUUUAUGCGACGACAUCCUACAUUGUCCCUCCGAACACCAGAGGAAGUAACAUCUGCUAGUGCUCGUGUAAGCGAAAAAGAUAUUCGGAAUUGGUUUAAGGAAGUCUAUCAGUGGCUGGACCGCCAUGGAAUGAGUGAUAUCCUAAUUGACUCAUCCCGUGUGUUUAACGGAGAUGAAACCUCCUUUUAUCUUCAUCCGAAAACUAAAGAAGUCAUUGCACAGAGAGGAAGCAAAAACGUCUACGAAGUGGAACAAGCCUGCAGCAAGCAAAACGUUACCGUGAUGUUUUCGUUCAGCGCAUCCGGACUGGUGGUAAAUCCACUGGUCAUUCUUCCAGGGCAGAGAAUCAGAAAGGAAAUCGCGCAAGGAUUUCCCUCAGAAUGGGGACUUGGGCAGAGUGAGCGUGGGUGGAUGACAUCUCACAACUUCGGUGAAUACAUGAAGAAAGUUUUCCACCCUUUUCUACUUCAAAAAGGAAUCAAGCUCCCUAUAAUAUUGUUUGUGGACGGCCAUUCUUCUCACGUAGGAAUAGAAGUGGCAGAUUUGUGUCAGCAGCUGGGAGUCAUUCUAAUUGCUUUAUAUCCUAACACAACCCGUAUUACGCAACCAGCCGACGUCUCUAUUUUCAAACCAUUAAAAGAUCAGUGGAAGAACGAAGUAGAUGACUGGCGUUCGAAGCAACCAGAUGUUAGCUUCACAUUGCGUCACUUUGGAGGUGUGCUACAGGAAGCAGUAGCAAAGGGAAUUAAAAAGGACAGUAUUACUAACGGUUUUCGUGUGUGCGGUUUGUUCCCUUUCGAUGCUGAGAACGUUGAUUACACUAAAUGCAUAGCGAAAUCGUCGAAUAACACUGUGUCUCCUCCUGUAGUUCCCAGUCAGCAGACUUCAUUACCCAAUAUUGAUACACCCGUAACAAACGAAACAGCUGAUGAACCCGUACUGUCCGAUGCAAAAAGUGUUGAGGUAUUAAUCGGAAAUACUUCAGCUACAGUAACCCACCAACUGUUCACCAGUAACACUGACCCACCCACAUCUGAUGUGAAUAUUCCAUUCACAGUGUCUUCUGCCUAUGUGCCCAUUCACAAAGACAAAAUCAAAAAAGCAAUUGAAGUUAUGGGAAGAUCUACGCUUUCGAAGAUUCAACGACUAAACGCUGAUUUGUCUCAUGAGGAGCAGGUUCUUCAAUAUUUCUACAAAGAGUUUAUUCGCCCUUUUACGACCUUCGCAAAUAACUCAUUUGAGGACGACCACAUUGAACAAAAUGCAAUGGUUGAAAUUGAGGAGGAUGACACAAUAAUGGGAGAGUUAUUGAUCGAUAAUGACGGAAACGUAACCAUCUCGGCGGCUCAAUAUUUUGAGGAAAAGGAUGUGAUUCGUUCCUUGAAAGAAUCGAUGGCAAGCAGUGACAUAACCACAGACACAGACACCGAAGCACUCAAUAAUUCCGUUUCAAUGAGCUUUGGCACUACUGAAAAUAUAUGCGUUGACUCAACUUCUGGUCACCCUGUUCCCAACAUUCUCAGAGAUACAACAAACGUUGUAUCGCAAACAAGGAAGAAAAGUAUUUCCGAAUUUCUUAAGAUUCCACCAACCCCUCGACGAAGCGCGAAGCAUCGAAGCUAUACCAAAAAAUACUUUCCCGUUCUGACGGCCGGAGAACGUAUUGAGGAAAUAAGAAAAGCAGAGCAAGAAAAACAAGAAAAUGAAAUUCAAAAGAAAAUUAGAGCAGCAGAACGAACAGAAGCUAGAAGAAGAACCGAAGAAGCCAAGAAGGAGCGGGCCGAGAAACGAAAGCAAAAAAAGUUGAAUGAGGAAUCAGUGAAAGAAGAAAAAGAAAAUUGUAAUUCGAAGAGAAUUCGAAAAGCGACUACUACAACUCAGAGAGUAAAGUCGAAGAAGUUGAAAACAGAACAUUAAAGCGUUUGUGUGAAAUGGAAUUUGAUUAUAACGCGGCCGGAAACGUGUUGAGGGUAUAAGAAGAGCAGAGCAAGAAAAACAAAACAAUGAAAUUCAGAAGAAAAUUAGAGCAGCAGAAGAGCUAGAAGCUAGAGGAAGAAUAGAAGAAGUCAGAGCAGGUUGAGAAACGAACACAAAAAAGGUUGAAUGAGGAAUCAGUGAAAGAAGAAACAAAAAAACCGUAAUUAGAAGAGAAAGGGAAGUCAAAGAAGAUACACAAAACGUUGAAGCGUUUGCGUGUAAUGGAAUUGAAUUGUAAUACAAUGAUUUUUCAAUAUGAAACAGAGCAAAUGUAAUGUU